GGCGCGACGCUUGAACAGAGAUUUAUUUUGUUCGUUCCAAAGAAAAGGCAAAACAAGAAUUUCAGAAGUCUGUGGGUGACACUUUUAUUGUUGACUUUUUCACUGGAUAAUAAUGGCGAGCGACAAUCAAAGAGAGUUUAUUGUGUUGUACACACACCAGAAGACAAAGAAAAGUAAAAGAUGGCAGGACGGCAUUCUUAAAGUGAGCCAUCAAGCUUCUAGAGCAGUCCUCUAUGAUGACAAAGGGUGUAAAUUAGAUGCUGUGUUUGUGAAACCAAAACAGGUAGUCAUCGGUGAGGAACUUGAGAGUGAGAGAUAUUUAAUCACUAUAGAAGAAGAGAAACCAUCGGCGUCUGGUAGUAAGGAAAAUUGGGGCAGUGAAGGGGUUCAGCGAAGCCAACAACAGCAGCAGCUUCAACAACAGCAGCACCAGCAGCAGCAACAGCAGCAGCAACAACAACAACAACAACAACAGCAGCAGCAGCUGCCAAAACCAGACUUCCAACAUCGAAUAAGAGUUCCUUUAAAAAGGAAAAGAACUGGUUUUACAGUUCCAAGGCAAGUCGUCCAAAAACUUGCACCAGCAAAUGACGAUGUUCAAACAGGACUGCCUAGUUCUAUCUCCCUCGGAGGAAGACCAGGAAUGGAAAACAUCCCCCGUCUUGGAGGAAAGAGAGUCCCCCUCUUCAGAAGCCCCUUCUCUAACGAUACCGAAGGUUUGAAUAACGGCAGGGACCUGGAAGAUGCUGUCCAUGGAAGUCAGGAGAUAAAGCAAGUAUCAAACGCUCCAUCCAUGAGUCUAAAUGAUCAAUCGCAACCAUACAUGUAUCAAACUAAUGAGAACCAUAGCUACAUAUUACCAUUAACAAUGGAGGACAGUCCCCCAGCGUGUUAUAAUGUGGACACACCCAACAAUGACCGCUUAGGAGAUGUUGCUGUAUGUGUAGAUGCUCCCAGCUCUUAUAAUGGCCAGGGAACUUUUGCAGGGGCAGAGAGAAUACCAGAGAAGAAGAACACUGUAAAUUCAAUCCACAAGCGAAAUUUUGGGGAUGAUAAAAUUGAAAGUGCAGAUACGCAGGAGGGAUUAGUGAUCAAUGAACAGCUUUAUAGAAAGCAUCAGAUUGAAAGUAAAGAUUGUCUUUUAUUGUCCCCUGAAGAAACUUCCUUGUCCCCUGUCCAUAACUCUGAUCAAUCCCACAACACACCAGCUAUCAUUAAGCCAUCUCUAUCAUCAGUGGGAAAGAGGAGCACCUCACAGAUUCUAGCACUUCUCGGAAAAGGAAGUGGAAAGUUCAAGCCCCCAAUCAAACAGUUAGACUCAGACUGGAUGCCUAAAGUGAGUGAAACAUUGCCUCAUGCAGGCAGAGCAGAUCUUAAAACACAGUGUCAUGGAACAGUCUCAGAGUCACCCUCUGUAACGCCUGUCGAACAACUCUUCAUUGAAGACAUUGAUGUAAUGGAGCUUUUGGGACAGGUAGAUGUAUCUACUGCUGUUUCAUGUAUCAAUCCGUUAUCUGCUGCUGACCCUGAUGUCAACUCAUCAAGGAUAACACAUGAAAUGCUUGGAAGAUGCAGUCAUGAAACAGUGCAAGGCAAUGAAGCAAUUCCUAACAACUUGCAUAAGCCAUCAAAGCUUGUGGAGUCCAACAAAUCGGUCCUUGUUGGAUCAACGGAAAAACCAGAGGGCUUGUCUUUACAGUUUUUAGCGAGGCAACAAUACAAGGGCUUCAAGAAUCCUACUUCAUCAAUAGCUGGACAGAGUUUACUUUCAUCAGGGAGAAGCGUCAGUGGGGAAUUGUUCUUUCCCUCAGCAGGUGAAGUUCAGGGUGUUGCCUCCCUCAAACGUCAAGUCCAAAUCCCUCCUUCCUUCCCAUCAGUAGCUUCUUAUAAACAAGUCUUCACAUCAGCUCUCAAAGAGCAUCUUAAUCUCAUCUUGUUCAACCUUGGUCAACGCUUCCACACAGCCAGAAAUAAAGUUGAUACCCAAUGCCUUGACUCCUCAACGCCGCUAGCCUCCAUUGAUAACCCUCAAGCCAGCCGCGCUCCUCAGUGUAACCAUGGCAAUGCUGCUAAGAUGGUGUGUGUUAAGAAGGAAGGCAAGAACAAAGGCAGAUUCUUCUAUGCUUGUAGUGCGCCUCGUUCCAACCAAUGCAAGUUUUUCCUGUGGGCAGAUCAGUUUAAAUCGGACCCAUCCAGUGAUGCUAAGGGAUCAAGUAGCACCAAGAUAUCCCUAAUGGAGCCCAAUGCAGCGAUGACGUUCUUCAAGAGUCAAAAUGUUCGCCUGUACUACGGUUGUGAAUUCCGGAGAACUUGUUCAUAUAACUCCAUGUUGCCUGGCGCACCAGCUUGGGCAAUAAAACGCAAACAACAAAUGAUGAAAAGCACAAAGAAGAAGCUGUACUUGAAUCUAUCAUGGAAAGAAGCAUCAACUUCCUAUGGCAAAGAUGACAUCUGGGUAAUUUCCAAGGACCUAACCUUUGACCCCAGGUCAACUUUUCUUGCCAAGAGUGUCUACCAUGGUCCGUCGUCUAAUAAUGAUGUUGAGAUAGAGCCACUAGCGUGUUAUUCUACUUCCAAUUGGCCGUCACCAUGUACUGUACAUGCCAUCCUUGCCUGUAAUGCGAGUUCAGAGCUGGUAUGUCUGAGUAAUCUAAAGGAACAUGUCAAUUCUACAUCAGUGCCGAUACUACAGUCUCUCAUCAAUAGGUCGGACAAUCAACCUAUCACUCAAUCAAGACUGUCGACAUUCAAGUCACCAGCUCAAGCUCAGAGUCAGUCUAAAUUCCUGAACUACCCUCCACAAGAAAUUGAUCACAUUGCUACACUUAUGAUAGAGACAUACAAACUGAACACUGACCAAGCAAAGGCUUUAAGAAGAGUAGCAAAGAUGUUUCAACAGACUAGUAACGACAACCCCAACCCUGAACCUGUUACUCUUAUCCAUGGUGUCUUUGGUGCCGGUAAGAGCUUUCUUCUUGCUGUUAUUGUCUUGUUUCUUGUCAAACUCUUCAAGCUUAGUGAGGAGCAGAACCCAGAAGCAGUAUCUCAGCGAUCACCAUGGAAACUCCUCAUAGCAUCCACCACAAAUGUAGCUGUAGACAGGAUCCUAUUAGUACUUUUAGGUCUUGGCUUUGAGGAUUUCAUUCGAGUUGGAAGUCUUAGGAAGAUUGCUAAGCCAAUUCUCCCUUACAGUGUUCAUGCCUCAGAUAAGAAAGACAGCCAGGAGAUUAAAGACCUGUAUGAGAUGCUGAAGACUGACUUGACUCCAACUGAGAAAAGCCAGAUACGAAGGAGUCUAGAGAGACAACGACUCGGACAGAAUCGAGACUUACUAAGCAGCGUCAAGGUGGUUGGAGUUACAUGUGCUGCUUGUACAUUUCCUUGCAUGAGCAAGCUCAUCUUCCCUGUCAUCCUUCUAGAUGAAUGCAGUCAGAUGACAGAACCUUCAUCUAUGCUUCCCAUUGCUAGAUUCCAAUGUGAGAAGUUAGUCCUAGUAGGAGAUCCUAAGCAGUUAGACCCAACGAUUCAAGGGUCGGAGGCUGCUCAUAGCUACGGAUUGGAGCAGACGCUAUUCAACAGACUUAUCCACCAGGGCUAUGAACCAAUACUGUUGCGGACCCAGUAUAGAUGCCACCCAAGGAUCAGUGCUAUUGCCAAUUGUUUGUUCUACAAUCAACAACUUGAAGAUGGAGUUGUAGCUGAAGAUAGACCUCCACUGACUGCAUCCUUGCCAACUCUGUGUUUCUUCAGCGUUCCUAGUGGUAAGGAAUGCUGUGCUAGAGAUGGGAGUUUCUUCAAUGAAGAAGAGGCUUCCUUUGUUAUCUACUUGAUUGAUGUAUUGAUGUCAUUGGGAGUUGAAGCUGGAGAUGUUGGAGUUAUAACGCUGUAUAAAGCCCAGACAAUGAAGAUUAGCAUGAUGCUACAGGACAGCAAGCUUGCUAAUCAGAAAGGUAUCAAAGCAAUCCAGAUCUCUACAGUAGAUGCGUUUCAGGGAGGAGAGAAAAGUGUCAUCAUCUUGUCUUGUGUCCGGACUGACUAUAUGGGUUUUGCAGACUCAGAUAAGAGGACCAAUGUGGCUCUGACGAGAUCUAAAAACCACCUGUUUAUUGUUGGAAAUCUUCGGAUGUUGUUGGCUAACAACCUGUGGAGCCAAGUCAUCAAUCUGUGCAAAGAUGCAGAAAAUGGCAUUCAAACAUCAAAAGGUUUUGUCAAGGAGUGGACACCGAAGCUUGAGGAACUACAAAAGCUGGAGGAGGAGACUAAGAGCCAGAAACAAGGACAGAGAAGUAAGGCUAGUCAAGAAACAUCAACAGAACUUGAAGAAGUUGAGAAGGAGACUAGUUGCCAAACAGCAGGGGUGGUCAGCAAAGACCCUCAAGGACAAACAUUCAGUAACAAGUGCCUUCUUGAAACAUCGGAGCUACCCCACCUGCCAACGGAGUCAUCCCUUCACAAUGAAAGCCCAAGCUUCUCUCCGUUUUAUGAAGUGGAGGAUUCCGUUCUUAAGGACAGCAAACUUGAGGAGUCACAAGUUGGUGUGAGUGCAUUGUGCAACAUCAGCCCAAGCUACUCCCCCCUCUCAGGAGUGGAAGAGUCCGAGUCUGAGGAUAGCUUCACGAAGGAACAUCCUCCAUGUUUUGACAUUGGAGGGUUGGAGGACAUCUUAGAAUAGCAUCUGAAUAAUUCAUGACAUUGGUUAAAUAUUCAAAAUAGUUAGUUAUUCAUUUUUAAGAGUUCUGCAGUUUUCAAAAAGUUUUAGGAAUGAAAAUUGUUUUGAGGGAUAUAAUAUGAGGGGAAAAACACAAAACCUUAACCCUUAUUGGGCCGCUGAUAUGAAGACAUUAAAACUCUAACCAAGAGGUUAGUAAUGAUAAUUCUUUUUCUGUUCAUGCCCUGUGGGGAAAACCUUAGGUUACUGUCUUGGGAUUUGAAGCCAAGGCUCUUCAUUGUAGAGAAGAUAUCUUAACCGUUAGACCACCAAACUAAUUGCCUAGUAACAAGAGGCCAGCUGGGAUCCUGUUAGCAACGGACACUGCUACAAGUGAUUAAAGUAUAAUUGCAUACUAAGUGUUUUCCAUUGCACUUCAUUUUGUAUAUAUUUCUUCGCAUUUUGGGGGAAUGUUUGUGGUUACAUUUAUAUGUGAACUGAGGAUCACAAAUAUUGUUUCUAGUUUUACUGUUAACUGAUGUAUGAUAAGCAAUAGUCAAUGCCGGGAUAACUAAAACACAGCUGGGUGGGAACCCAAAACAUCGGCAAAAAGCAGAUUGGUAUCCCAAUUUAUACCAUCAACAACAUUGUUUGGAGCACAUCCACUAGUAAUAUGAUUCUAAUUGGCCUCUUGUACCGGACA